AUAAACCAAUCUGAGAGAACAAAAGAAAACAGCAAUGGCAACAAUAGCAAAGAGCAACGUCUCUCUUAAACAACCGUUACAAACCCACCAUCAUCAACCAAACCCUUCUCUCGAUUCUCUCUUCCACGCCCUUGACCCAAUCUCUCUCAUUCUCAAUCCCAAUAACAAUAACAAUAACAACUCUGUUUCGAUCUUGAACCACUCUGUUCUCCCCAUGAGUCUCACAACACAGAGCUUCAUCAUCAUGGAGGACAUGGAGAGAGGACCCAGAUACGAAGCAUACGCUGAACUCAGAGAAAGGAAGCUUAGAAUGAAGUACCCAAGGCAACAAGAGCGAGAGGAAGAGGAAAGUGAGGAACUUGAACCCAAACAACUACCAACCCCACCAAGAAAACAGGUCAAGUUUCAGAGUGGUUUAAGAAAAGGUUCCUCUGUUUCUGCUUCCGCUCUUGCUCAAUCUGUUCCUGAUUUCUCUGCUGUCUUGAGGAAGGAGAAUCGGAAACCAGUGAAUGCAUUGCCUUCAGUAAUGGAGCUUACACCGCCAUCAAAGAGUUACUACUCCAAAGGUGGGGUGUUAUCGUCGAGUUCGAGAGGGAGUAAAUCAGCAAAUGCAGGGGAGAAGAAGAAGGGUGGUGGGAUUUUGAUGGCAAGAAAGAGUUAUGCAACUAUGGAUGAACUCAGGAAUUUCACUUCUGCCACUGCUAAUGCUAUCAAUGGUGAAGGUAGCAGAGGAGUAGGAAGGAACAAUGGUGGCAGGGUGGUGGGAAGAACUGUCUUGGGGUACAGACAAUUAUAGGUGGUUUUAAAUUGUGAUUACAGUUUGCCACGGGAGAAAGAAAAUGCAGCUGAUGUAGUCACAUAAAUUUGAUUGAAAGUUUACAACUGCAACAUUCCACAACUUAAAAAGCCUACUUAGUGGCUAUGGUGAUGGAAUUCUUUUGAAAUUUUGGGUUUUUUUUUUCACCCUUUGUUGGUUGUUUGAGUUUGUGAGAAGGCUUUGGAUUUUGGUGAUGCCUCCACUGGUUUUUGUUUUUUUCCUACAUAUAUUCUUUCUGUUUCUAUUCUUUUUUUGAAGAAACUUGCAGUAUUGUGUAAGUUGUAUCUGAAAUUGAGGAUAUGGAUAAAAGUGUAUUGUUUUUCAAAUAUAAUAAAUGAGUAAAA